AUGUCCUCCCCGAACGGUAAGGUGGAGAGAAUGGAUGUUGAUAGGCCUAGGUCUCUGGACAGGCGAUCCAAGGCAUCUCGAGACCACUCCACCGAAACACACCGAACCCGGCGUUCUCAUCGCUCCCGCUCGCGAGACAGAGACAGGGAAAGGCGUCAUCGUGACCGCGACGACUACGACGAUCGCCGCAGGAGGAGCCGCAGCAGAGACAGAAGAGAUAGGUCUCGCGAGAAGUCCCACCGCGAUAAGGACCACGAACGCGACCGUGAGCGCGACAAGGACAGGGAGCGACGAAGGGACCGUGACGGUGAGCGCCGUCGUAGUGAAAGAGAUAGGGCGGAGAGUCGACAUAGCCAUCGAGACCGUGAGAGGGACAGGGACAGGGAUCGCGACCGUGAGCGUGACAAGGACGACCGGGACCACAGGGAUCGCCGCAGAAAGCGUGGCGACGACUUGGAGGAGGGCCGUGACAGCUACAUUGCUGAUGAGAGGGCCAAGAGAAAGCGGUCCGAUGAAGGUGGCGAGGAGUCCUCUCUUCCCGCUCCUCCACCGUCCGCUGGACUACCCCCGCCUCCUCCGCCUUUGGCAGACAGUCCGCGUCGUGGAACUCGUUCCCGUGAGCCGGAUCGCAGGUACGGUGACAGGUUGCCUAGGCGUUCUCGGGACCCUAGAGAUGACUUCGACGAGCCUCUUCCGCCUCGUCCAGAGAGGGAGCGCAGCCGUCCUGUGAGCCCUCCGCGCAAGUACGUGUCCCCCGCUUUCUGCCAGACAUUCAACACAAACGUGAACUCCCAUAACAGACGCCCAUCUCCUUCGUACGAGCCACCUCAAGACGACCCCAUGAAUGACGAGCCCAGCCCAGACGACUCUGAGGCUCGAUCCGUCUUUGUGUCUCAGCUCGCAGCCCGUCUCACAGCCCGUGACCUGGGUUAUUUUUUCGAGGACAAGCUGGGCGAAAACACUGUCAUGGAUUCCAGGAUUGUCACAGACAGGAUCUCUCGUCGCUCCAAGGGCAUUGGUUAUGUGGAAUUCCGCUCCGUUGAACUCGUUGACAAGGCUAUCGCGCUGAGUGGAACUGUAGUGAUGGGUCUACCUAUCCAGAUUCAGCACACAGAAGCCGAGAGGAACAGGCUUCAUCCUGGCGACGGCAAUCUCAACCUUCCGCCGGGUGUCAGCGCUCCCCAUGGCGGCAUGCAACUCUACGUCGGCUCGCUCCAUUUCAACCUUUCAGAAUCCGACAUCAAACAAGUGUUUGAGCCAUUUGGUGAACUUGAGUUUGUCGAUCUUCAUCGUGAUCCGGUGACUGGGCGCAGCAAAGGUUAUGCAUUCGUACAGUACAAGCGCGCGGAAGACGCGAAGAUGGCUCUCGAGCAGAUGGAUGGCUUUGAAUUGGCUGGACGAACUCUCCGCGUCAAUACUGUCCACGAAAAGGGCUCUGCGAGAUACACUCAGCAAGAUUCCCUCGACGAAGCUGGCGGUGGUAACCUGAACGCAGCUUCACGUCAAGCGCUGAUGCAGAAACUUGCCAGAAUCGAUCCCACCCCUGCCAAAAUGGAGCCUAUCGCUCGGCCCAACAUUCCUCAGACCAUGCAGUCGAGGUCCGUCCUCAUGAAGAACAUGUUCAACCCCGAGGAAGAAACCGAACGUGACUGGGACAAGGACCUCGCUGAAGACGUCAAGGGCGAGUGCGAGUCGAAGUAUGGGCGUGUGCUCGCCAUCAAGGUUGAGAAAGAGUCACAGGGCGAGAUUUACGUCAAGUUCGAGACCGUUGAUGCUGCUAAAAACGCCAUUGAAGGUUUGAACGGUCGUUGGUUUGGUGGGCGACAGAUCACCGCUGCUUUUAUCUCCGAUGCCAUCAUGCAAGCUCACCAGUGA